AUGGCGCUGCUUAUUACGCUGUCUUUCGCCGGAGCUGGCCCCGGCUACCGAUUCGAUGCCCUCCAGAAACUGGGUCGACUUGAACCGAAGCUCUGUCAAAGUUCCACCAAGCCUUUUUCUCAUAAAUGGUUCCACUGCAAGUGUUUUUGGCAAGAACCCAGAAGCAAGAACCUAACUUUGAAGUCAAGGGAAUUGCGAACAUUGCGUUUGGCUCGUGGGAAAGAAGCUGAAGAUAGUUUCGCUUCGAAUGUAAGUGAAGAUACCGACGAUAUGUUUGACGACUUGUUUGAUAGAUAUGGAAAAGUGGUAUAUCAAAGCAACGACAGGAUGUCUCCUAGCACAGAACUUGAUGACGAUGCUGAAAGCUUAUCAUUUGCUGUAGAAGUGGCCAGUGUUGCCAAUGAUGUAAAAGCAGGAGAUAUAAAGGUCCUAUUUGUGAAGCCUCUUGUGUAUUGGACUCGGUUUUUUAUUAUUGCCACGGCAUUUUCUCGUCCGCAAAUUGACGCAAUUGGGUCCAGGAUAAGAGAUCUGGCAGAGACAAAGUAUGGAAGAGUUCCAUCUGGGGACUCAAAACCCAACUCAUGGACCCUGUUGGACUUUGGUGAUGUUGUUAUUCAUAUAUUUCUUCCGCCACAGCGAGCUUUCUACAACUUGGAAGAAUUCUAUGCUAAUGCUACGCCCGUUGAAUUGCCUUUUGAAAAUCAGCCACCAUUUCGAGGCUGA